UUUUAAAAUUUUAUAAGUUCACUUUAAUGUAGGGCAUACAACGAAUAAUAAUUUAAAAAAAAAACAAAUGACUUAAUAAGUCCUUAAAUAUUCAUUUAAAGGAUAUACAAUAAUAUGUAGAUGUAAGAAUCUUUUCCUGAGAGUAGUUUUAGGGAUCGCUCGAAAUUAUAUAUAAGUAGUGCCUGAAGCGCUUUUCUUAUCUAAGUUUCGGUGUCGGUCUUUUUCAAGGAGACCUACGGUACGACAGGUUUUACCAUGGCUGCUUGUAGGUUAUUUGGUGUUUUAGGAGAGAUUUCUAGAAACAAUAUAAAAUUUAUUUCAGCAGCAGGAUCAUCAAAAUGGAGAUUAUACUCUACAGCGCCAAAACACACAAGAACAAAAAUAGUCAACGAUGUUGCAGUCAUUACCUUAGAUUCUCCAAAUGUCAAGGUGAAUUCUUUAAAUGCCGAAGUUGUUUCGGAACUGGAAUUAGCAAUAAACAAAGUACGGGAUGAUCCAGCUUUGCGAGCCGCUGUAUUAAUAUCUGGUAAACCUGGCUGUUUUAUUGCUGGAGCAGAUAUAAGUAUGCUAGAGAAAUGUAAGACUCAAGAAGAAGUAAGAGAAAUUUCACAAACUGGUCAAAGAAUAUUAAAAGGAGUAGAAACAAUGAAAAAGCCUGUUGUUGCCGCCAUCAUGGGUGCUUGUCUUGGAGGAGGACUUGAAGUGGCAUUGGCUUGCCAUUACCGAAUAGCAGUUAAGGAAAAGAAAACUUCACUUGGUCUUCCUGAAGUAAUGCUUGGCCUGUUGCCUGGUAGCGGUGGCACUAUGAGGCUUCCUCAACUGACCUCAAUACCAACAGCACUCGACCUGGAACUGACUGGAAAGAGUGUCAGAGCUGAUAAAGCCAAAAAACUUGGAAUGGUUGAUCUUCUCAUCGAGCCAUUAGGACCUGGCUUGACUCCUGCUGAAGAAAGAACUAUGGAAUACCUUGAAGAAGUGGCUGUUAACACAGCACGUCAACUAGCAACUGGGAAAUUGAAAGUUGAUAGAAGCAAGAAAAGUUUAGUGGAUAAACUUAUGAAUAUGGCUUUGAAAUAUGAUUUUGUAAAAGACCAAAUAUUUAAUAAAGCUAAAGGACAAGUUAUGAAAAUGACAGGAGGUCUUUAUCCUGCACCCCUCAAGAUCCUCGACGUAAUCAGAACAGGCAUUGAUAAAGGUGAAGAAGCGGGCUAUAAAGCUGAAUCUGAAGGAUUUGCCGAAUUGGCCAUGACUCCACAGAGUAAAGGCUUAGUCGGGCUCUUCAGGGGCCAGACAGAAUGUAAGAAGAACAGAUUUGGAAAACCAGAGAAGAAAGUUCAGACUUUGGCUAUACUUGGUGCAGGUUUGAUGGGUGCUGGUAUUGCUCAAGUGACAGUAGACAAAAACAUCAAGACUAUUUUAAAAGAUACUUCACAGCAAGGCCUCAACAGGGGUAUAACCCAAAUCACUAAUGGAUUCGAUGGAGCAGUUAGAAGGAAAAGACUCUCAGCUUUUGAAAGAGAUCGUCACCUUGCCAACAUGGAGUACACUCUAUCCUAUGACAGUUUUAAAAAUUGUGAUAUGGUUGUUGAAGCUGUUUUUGAGGAUUUAGGAGUAAAGCAUAAAGUAAUUAAAGAGAUAGAAGCGGUUGUGCCUCCUCAUUGUGUUGUUGCUACAAAUACAUCUGCUCUAGAAAUAACCAAGAUAGCAUCAGUCAGCAAAAGACCAGAAAAAGUGAUUGGUAUGCAUUAUUUCUCACCUGUUGACAAGAUGCAGCUGCUCGAGGUGAUAACAACUGAUAAGACUUCCCAAGACACGGCAGCUUCAGCAGUUGAUGUUGGAUUAAGGCAAGGAAAAGUAGUUAUAACUGUGAAAGAUGGUCCUGGUUUUUAUACUACCAGAAUUUUGGCUGCCAUGUCAUCUGAAGCUAUGAGAAUUCUCCAGGAAGGUGUAAACCCUAAAGAUUUGGACAAAUUAUCAAAGAACUUUGGAUGGCCAGUAGGUAGUGCUACUUUAAUGGAUGAAGUAGGUAUCGAUGUCGCUUCUCAUAUCAGUGCCAAUCUCUUCACUGUUUUUGGAGAAAGAUUUAGUGGUGGAAGCAAAGAAUUGCUUAAAGAAAUGUCUGAUGCAGGAUUCCUUGGAAGGAAAGCAGGAAAGGGUGUCUAUAUCUAUAAGAAAGACAGUAAAGAGAAGACGGUAAAUGAAGGAAUAUUAACCCUUAUUAAUAAGUAUCACCUUGAACCAAAAGGUUUUCAGAGUGAAGAAGACCUCCAAUUGAGAAUGGUGUCAAGGUUUGUUAAUGAGGCCAUCCUCUGUCUACAGGAAGGCAUCCUUAAUGGACCUGUUGAAGGAGAUAUAGGUGCAGUGUUUGGUUUGGGUUUCCCUCCAUUUACUGGUGGACCCUUCAGGUUUGUCGACACAUUUGGUGCUGCCCGGUUGGUCGAAAAGAUGAGAGCUUAUGAACAAGCUUAUGGAGCCGCGUUUACACCUUGCCAACUUCUCCAUGACAAGGCCAAAUCUGGAUCGAAGUUCUUUUCUUAAUAGAACUGUAUGAUAUUUUAUAUUCAUAUAAAAACUUAUAUUUUUAGCGUUAUAUAAAAAUAUGAGUUUUUAUAGAAAAUCUCAAAUUCAUUUGGGAAAAGAAGUAGUCAGUAACAAAUCAAACAAAAGACUUAUUCCUUCUUGGAGAAAUCAAAUUUCUCCUUCCUGUCGACUAGUUAUAUUUAUAUUUUUAUAUAGUCUAUGUACAUUUUAAUAUUUUCAAAAAAUUAGUUGAACUGUAAUUUAUAUAUACAUUAAAAUGACUUUAUUUUUGAUUAAAUAAACUUUUUUAGUAUUUAUAUAUGCCUACAUUCAAUUAUUAACAUUACCUCUUAGUGAAAUAAUUUACAAAAAUUAUAUUUUCUGAAAUUAUUCGAUCAAAUAUGACAUUGAUUCGAAUGUUUCAAGUGUUCUUUCUUUGCUUUGUUAUUGUUAUUGUGACUGCAAAAAAAAAAAAAUAUAUGGAAAGUUAUUAGUGUUGGGGCAUAGUUUUUAUGGCCACAUUUGGUAAUUUUCUCUAUUUAAAUAAAGUGUUUACCUAUUGGAA